AGCGAAUCUUGACUGUCUCUAAUUAUAUUCUAUUUUGAUAAGAUAAAAGUUAAGAAAGUUUGCAUAAUGAUAAAUAUUACAAUGGCAAAACUCAAUAGACAUUAAAUUGAAUACAAUAUUAAAAUUUCGUUAGUUCGGAUGUGGCUGUACUAGCGGCAGAAUGGAACAUUUCGGUCUAUCUCACAUAUUGCACGAGCCAGAUAAAUACAAUCCUGAUACGUUGGACUUACUUGUGGAUGAAGAAGCCAGAGAAUACUGGUUGAAUACGUGUGAGAAACUUGUGGAGAAAUAUGUUAACUUUGCUCUUGCUAACAAUGACGAUCCUACUGUAGAGAUAAGAGCUCUUAAGUUCAAGACAUGCUAUGUUGAAGCCAUUAAAGAACUUAGAAUAAAUCCAUUAGCUCAUGGACAGCUGACUAUAAGAUUACUUCUUGAUAUCAAUGAAACAUGCCUCCGAUCCCAAGGAUUUUUCGAUCUAUGGAAGGAUCAGAAGAAGUAUGAAAAUGAUAAUGCCCUAGCAUCACUUAGCACAAGAUUGGCAGAAAUUGAUGCAAUGCCUGAUGAUCGCCAGAAAUGGAUAGAGUUAGGCAGAGGAUUAUUGGCAGGUAACAUGUUUGAUAGAGGUGCUCAGGCUGUAACAGACAUUAUUGACUGUGGUCUAUAUGAAGCACUAGAGAAAAUACAGAAAAGACCGUGGCUUUAUGAUGACUUAGACAAAUGGAUGGAUAAACUAGAGAAAACAGUUCACCAUUGUGCAGCUGUAUUUGUGGAUAACAGUGGGGUCGACAUUAUAUUGGGGGUGCUACCAUUUAUAAGAGCAUUAUUACUACGAGGCACAUCCAUAAUUUUGUGUGCCAAUGAAUGGCCAGCAUUGAAUGAUGUAACUUGUACAGAAUUAGAAGAAAUUUUGCAAAGGGUAGCUCUCAUUUGCCCAGUGAUGUCAGCAGCUAUGGCAACGGGUGAUUUAGUUGUUAGAUCUAGUGGUCAAAGAGGUCCAUGUCUAGAUCUAAGGACAAUCAGUGUAGGUCUUUGUACAGAAAUGAAAGUAAGAGGAGUUGAUUUAAUAAUUUUAGAAGGAAUGGGUAGAGCAUUACAUACUAAUUUGAAUGCAAGACUCGCUGUAGAUUCUCUUAAAUUAGCAGUAGUGAAAAAUGCUUGGUUGGCGCAACGUCUUGGUGGCCCAUUGUUCUCCGUGAUUUUUCUGUAUGAAGACAAACCAACCCAAACAUAACAGUCAUCAGUGUUCAUUAUUGUAUUUGACUAAUUAUGGACUUUCUCAGUAUUCUUGUAGAGUAAGUCAUUACUUGUGAAAAUAUGUUCUAUCCACUAUUUUUCCUAGGUGCAUUUAUAUUUUCGAAUGUCGCCUAUUUGUGUAUAAUGACUUAAUAUAAUGUUUUCGGAAUAUAUUGAGUGUUACCUUGA